AUGUUCAGGCCAAUUAGUAGGUUAACAAGAAGACUGUAUCAUCCGAAUACCUUGGAACAUGCUCUUCCAAAGGAAUUGUACCCUCUGACGUAUUCAAGAGACUCUAUUCAGUAUAGGGUAUUAGAGCAUGCACUUAAGGUCAAUGUGCCGUUGCACGGGUUCAAUGAAAGGGCGAUAGUUGCGAGUUUAGCAGCUUUAGGUUGUAAUUCGUCUAUGUUAUCCGUACUUGGAGCACCCAAUUCACCCUCUUUCUUUAAUGCGUCGCCCGCAGUUCUCGAGCUGGUUAAAUUUCAUCUGGUCACCAAAAGGCUUGACCUCACAAAGGGCUUGGAAGAGAGCAAUGAGGAGCCAACCUUGGAGCAGCUUUUUUUAAAAAGGCUGCAGAUGAACGAGCCCAUAAGCUCUCAUUUGUCGCAAAUGUUAUCUUACCUUUCUAUACCAGGUGAAUUUCUUGUUCAGACCGCCCUUCCUGAGUUGCAUAGACUGUCCGAUGACAUGGUGUACUUCUCGCGCGAACCCGACUCCCACGAUUUUGCGUGGUACUCGAAACGUAUGGCCAUUUCAUGCGCGUACAUUAGUUCUGAGCUAUUCAUGGCCCAAGACAAGUCCGAUAGUUUCCGCGAAACCAUCGAGUUUGCGCAGGAAAAGCUUCAUAAGGUGACCAAAUUAGGCGAAUAUUACAAUAACACGGAAGAGUACUUAUGGUACACAUUAUUGAUGAGCGUCAACUUAGCUAAAUCUCAAAUGACUAGGGGAUGA